GCUCUUCUUUACAGACAAGGACAGGUGAGGCAGCAUGGCCUGUCAGCCAUGAAGGAGGGCCAUCAAGAAGUUAAGCAAUACAAUUUCGCUAGCAAAUGUCAUCGAUACGUCUCGGGUCAGCUUCCCGUUGCAGAGGGCAACUGCGCUUUAUCAGGAGUUUACGAUCAUCUGCAAUGGCUAGACUCUUGUGGACUAGGCUCAUACAUGAUUGCCACAGAAUUGGCCAACUACCAAAAAUCAAAGCUUGACAUUGGAGAUUAUCCUCAUUACACUGGUGGAAAUCGUCGAGCCGAUUACAUCUUCCUCGGUUGCCGUCACGAAAGGACCAAGCUGCGAAAACACGAUCCCAACGAUCCAAUACACAACUAG